CAUGCGUACUCGCAAUGGCAGGAGAAGUGUCACUCGAUGCACUGCCAUACUUCGACCAAGGCUACGAAGAACCUGGCGUUCGUGAAGAGGCUGCUGCUCUUGUUGACGAAGAGACUCGACGCUACAGACCGACAAGGAACUACUUGGAAUAUCUUCCAGCUGUGCCUGAAGAUGCUUUCUUGUCUCCAGUUUUACGAGCCGAAUAUGAUCGGAUGAUGUCACGUCUACCUAUGGAGCUCUUAAGUAUGAAAAGAUAUGAGCUGCCACCUCCGCCUGCUGGACAGAAGAAUGACCUAAAAGCGUGGGCUGACAGCAUCAACAACUCAUCGGCACAGCUGCAACACCAAGCUACAAGGAUAAUGAACUUAGAAGUGAUGGCGAGAUUUGGUGCCAAUGCUUAUCGUGUACACAAUGAGUUUUUACAAAGGAUGGUAGAACAAGAGCAGAGACAGCUGCAAUCACUGCGAAUGCAAAUUCAAGAGAUCAACUGGCAGAGAAAGAGUGAGCAGACAAAGGCUGGAGCAGAAAUACAGCAACUGGAAAGCACUUGGUUCGCCUUGGUAUCUAAAAACUUUGAGAUAGAACGAGCUAUUGCUGAGCUGGAAGGGCAAAUACGAGAGGCAACAUUGUAUGAAGAGAUGCAAAAGCGACAGCAGCAAGAGGAAGGGCAGGAGCAAGAGGUGCAGGUGGAGGAGGAGAAGCAACAGGAUCUUGAACAAGAGCAAAGCUUGGAGCAAGAACAUGAGCAAACUCAAGAAGAAAUUGAAGAACAAGAAGAAGAAGAGCAGCAAGGGAGUGAACAAAGAGUGGAAGAGCAAGAACAGUCGGAUGUGCAGACAAACAGUUUGACAAUGAGUGAUGCAGUGGAGUAGCACGUAUGUAGCAUAGCUGCUUGGAUAUGAAAAUUUAGAGUAAGAAUUGAGAAAAACACCGAGAAA